UCCACACCGGCAGUCUGAUGCCAGCAUCCUCCGGCUGCACUUCACCGUCACAGUGACAGCCGACGAGUCCGCCCUGUGUCUCCAUAAGACCGGCCCGUCACUCGCCUAAACAGCAAAAAAAAAAAACGGUUAACUUUAACUUGCAUGCUCCAGUUCCCAGAAACAACCGUAAAAAAAACGAAGAUUACCGUAAAAGACACGGAAUGGAGACGGAAAUACAUGUGCCCGUCGGGUCGCCGGUCAUUAAAAAAAUCCCCAUUUUCGUGGACGAGCACAACGUAACGGACGGGGCGAUGAAGAUUAUUAAAGAGCUGAGACCGGCGUGGGACAUGAACCACGUCAAAACCAAGCUCUUCACUGAUGGGACCACCAACAAGCUGGUGGGCUGCUACCUGGAGGACACCCCUGAGGACAUGGUGCUAGUCCGAGUGUACGGGAACAAGACGGAGCUCAUUGUGGACCGAGACAAUGAGCUCAAGAGCUUCCAGGUGCUGCAUGCUAAUGGCUGCGCUCCUCGCCUCUACUGCACCUUCCAGAACGGUAUCUGCUACGAGUUCAUGGAGGGUGACGCCCUGAGGACGCAGGACCUCAGCGAUCCCUUCCUGCUCAGACUGAUAGCCACGGAGAUGGCUCGUAUCCACGCCAUCCAUGCACACAACGGCUGCAUCCCCAAACCCAGCCUUUGGAUCACGAUGCGUAAAUACUUCUUAGUGGCCACCGAGUUCACCGAGCAGGCCUCCAAUGUCAGGAUCCAGCAGGAGGUUCCCAGCAAGGCAGUGCUGGAGCAGGAGAUGCUAUGGAUGAAGGAGCAUCUGUCUACGCUGGGAUCCCCUGUGGUGCUUUGCCACAACGACCUGCUCUGCAAGAACAUCAUCCACAACACCAAGGAGGGUCACAUUCGCUUCAUAGACUAUGAAUAUUCCAGCUACAACUACCAGGCCUUUGAUAUCGGCAACCACUUCAAUGAGUUUGCAGGUAUGAGUGAGCCCGACUACAAUCUGUACCCAAGCCGAGAGCUGCAGAUGGAUUGGCUCCGAGUUUACCUGCAGGCCUACAAACUCUUCACCAAGAAAACUGAGGAGGUCAGCGCUCGAGAGCUGGAGACGCUCUAUGUACAGGUCAACAAAUUCGCUCUGGCUUCGCACUUCUUCUGGGGCUUUUGGUCACUCAUCCAAGCAAAGUACUCCUCCAUCGACUUUGACUUUCUAGGGUAUGCUGUGCUGCGUUUCAACCAGUACUUCAAGACCAAGCCUGCGGUCAUGGCCCUGCAGAUCCCAGAAUGAUAGGAGAGAAAGGUGGAUAAACUGAGGAGAGAAGGGUGGGGGGGCUCAUCACUGGCAACUGACAACAGGAGUAGAUGCACUUUGAGCUGAGGGCAUGGGCUGGGUUGAGUACUGGAGAAGGUAAAACGGGUCUGGGCUUUGGGCCGGGGCUUCUUGCGGGUUGGGAAUUCUUCUUAGGGAGCCGGGUAUGGACAGACCACUGCUCGGUCUGUUCAAUGUCCUUUUACAAGCGCAAUUAUUAUUUCAUUCCUCCUCAGUUUAGUCCAUGUCUGUCUCACAACUCUAGCUCAAGAUUUCCAAAACCUCCAUGGGUUAUGUGUGUGUUUUUUGUAUGUGUACAUGUGUGUGUGCUGAUCUUAAUUUAUCUUGUGAAGAAAUGAUUGACCCAAUGUUAUGCAUUCCCUAAUUGGGCAGCUGAAACAUGAGUAUAUGAAGGUCUAGUGAGCACAGCAGUCUGACUUUAAAAUAGAGCUCACUGAGCUGAUCAUGACGGGGCUCAGCUCCUAUGACCUACUUCAGUGUCGGUCAUAGUGGCGCCAAAAUGUUCAAAAACACUGGUAAUGAAGGUCAAAAUAGGGACCAUACUAUUGAGGAGCGUCUGAUGCUGCAUUGAAAGAGUUUGUCCUGACCUGUGUGUGACGUCUCAAGGCCAUGACUGCUCAGACUCUUGUGUUUAUAGAUUUGACUAGAGAGGCAUUUCACCUGAGAUUCCUCAUUUUUAUAAAGCAUGUGCUGGAAGCGCAUCUCCCACUUGUGUCCAGCAUCAGUUUUAACUGUUAAAAGUUUAAUCCUGGUUAUUUUCAUUUUGUCUCCAUCUUCUUGGAUCAUUUGGUGUUUCUGCACCUUCCAGAGAUCACCUGUCAAUCAAGCAGUGUGGGUGGGACUGUGACAUCUUUCUCUUUGGAUUUUCUGGCGAUGAUGUUUGGGUUUCUGUACGUGGCGUACGUUUCUUCAUCUGUUCAGCCAUGGUGGCUAUUGCUGCUCAUGCUAACUAGCAAAUUCUUCCUCUGUUUAUUCAAGACAAACCAGAAACAUAAAACGCAUUAUUUCCUGUUCUCUACAGGAUUUUCAUCUUGAAAGAACUACCGGACAAUGAGUGUUUAACAACAAAAAGUAAAAGCUUCCAUUAACUGGAUAGAGGUUGUGUUGUGUUAACGCGUUCAGUGAUAGUAGCAAAAUGGACAUUUAGGCAUAUGAAAAUGUUGUUGAUUAUUACUUAAACAUCUCAGGUGAAAAACCACUUAGUUUGGGUUGUUUUAGUAAGUGCUUGAACUGGGAAAUGAUACUGAAGAGGUGGAGAGAGAUGAACUGAGUUCAGCCUCAUUUAUAAAAGUGGUUAAAAAUAAGGGACCUAAAUGUCACUCCAAACUCAGUGUGUGUCUGUCAUCUCUUAAGCCGUUUUCCACCUUCUUGGCUUUUAUGGUUACAGCGAAUCGCUCCGUUAAACUUUCCAUUCCUUGCAGACCACUUGGAAAAUCACAACCUUGGUCACCCUCUGCCAACCCAGUCUCCCCCAUAUUUGGACUUUUCCGUCUGCUCUCCCCUUCCCACGUCACUCUUCCUUGAUCUCCUUCCACCCCGUUUUGUGCAUGUAUCUCCUCAUUUGCUGAGAUUAUGGCAUUAAUACCUAUUUCAUGAGGUUGCUGCCACCUAACAUCAGAGUCUGGUCUCCACCCCACACUGUAAUGCAUUCACAACAUCCCAGAGUUGGAGCCAAAUUGUGUUACAUAAUCAAACAUUGCAUAAAUUUAAUCUGCAGUCAGAGAAAGUCUCGGCUUCAAAGAGGCAGGAAUGGGUUAUCCAGUGCUGUAGUAGUGGUGUUUGAGAUUACUUACUGCACUACUUAGGUGUUGGAAAAUGAUGGUGGAGACUCUAGAAACUUGUCAGGAGGAGAAAACCUUUAUUAGGACAUUCAAAGUAACUGCAGAUCCCUAACAGAUCUGAAAAAAGUUUGAACAUUAGUUGGCAGAAGUCCUACACCAAAUAUUUUUCACCAGGUUUGCUGGUGCUGCUUAUCCCCUCUUACAUUACUACAGAACAGGGUUAGUAAUAUGGUAUACAUCCUAUCUGUGGUACUAAACACAUUAAGAUUUCAUGUUUGUUAACCAUGAAUGCCAUGCUGCUUUGUUAUCCUGCCAGUUUAGUUUUAAUUUCCAUUAGCUAUGUUCAAUCAGAAGUGUGCCAUUUAGCCAGAGUUUUUGCUUUAUUUUGCUCUUACAUUUUAUUCCAGUCGGAAUUAAAAAGUCUUAAAUUUGUCUCUCUCAAACCUGAAGAUACUCUGACACUGGUACUCAGUCUGAAGCCUCUCAGAGAACCUCAACUCCACAAAUUAAAUAGUAAAACUCAGCUGCUGUUUGGUGUUUACAUCUAUAGAAGGUAUGUAUUCAUGCCAGGAUAUGAGUGUUUUUAGCUUCUUGAGCAUCCAGCAGGGGGAGACACUGAGCUGUGACCUUUGUCCUCUGCUGUUGGUCUCAUGUAACUGACAGGCUUAAUAAUUUACCACGAGAGACUAUCAGCCAUUCAGAAGAGCAGGACAGACAGAUGCUCGCUGGAGCUUUGUUAAUCAGUCAGGACAGUUCACCUGAGAGCAGACACAGGCGCUCAUCAAAGGUUGACAUUCAGAUUCAUAUUUUAAAAUGUGUCCUGUUCAGUGUCUGCUGCAUGUGGUUUGUGCAAGCCUAAAAGGGUUCAGUGAAGAGCCGUCGAGUGCGAGAUGUGCGUGUGAUCGUGACUGUUUCAAAUGCACUGUUUUGUGUUAACAGUGCCCUUUUGCAGGAGAGCUCUGUAAAUUUAACAGUAGGCCGUUCUGAAUGAUCAGAUCAGUGGGAAUCGAGACUCAGCGGCUGUAAACUGUCUGUUCACCAAAGCACAGGUUGGGACUUAGGAGCAAAUAGCUUCCAGUGAAAUUGUCUUGAGAUGCUGAAAAACAUUUGCAGCAAUAGUGCAAUUUUGAUUUGAGAUUAAGCCAAAUGGUCCCUAUUUUGUGGAAAUUAGUCGUGGGAUAUUUUGCUUGUUAUAUCACGACGAUAUAUAGCACACCUUAAUGAUGUUAUAACAGUUGUACUGUGGUGGUACGUUGUCCUGAAAAUAUUGCACUCUUAAAGGACUGCAUUGUGCUCUUAUGGACUUUGGCUCAUUGGUCACCUUACCCAAUAAUGUGACAAGAGGAUUGGCACCAAAAUCAGCUCUCCAUGUUUCUGCUAGAUUGUUCUGUGCAUGUGCUAAAGCUUUAUCAUACAGCAAGUGGAGUCAGGGUUAGUGUCUCAACAUUAUUCUAAAAGAGAGAAAACAAGAACUUGUAGCAACUGGUAGCAGAAGUUGUGACGGAGCUUACAAAGCUUUCUGGCCGCUAAAUGUAACUUUGUAAUUUUACAUUACAAAGCUUAAAGACUUAACUGAUGAUGAAAGGAAUUCUUUGUUUUCAGAGGUUAUUAAUCUGCAGGCCACAGAGGAGAAUUGGAUGACUAAAAGGCUUACAGUAUAUUCAUACUUUUGAAAAUGCUGUUUGCGUGCAAUAUGGUAAAGUUUUAGCAUUAGGACCGGGCUUUCUACCGGAGAGACAGAGGUGAUUUAGGUGCCAGUCGUUAUCAUGUAUGAAGGAGCACAGAGAGCAGUGGGAUGAACUCUCAAAGCUUUGGAGUAAUCCUUUUAAGAUAUUCAUUCAAGCUACUGAAAGGUUUUCCCUUUUUUUUUAAAGACCAACAUGUGAAGCAACUCAAGCGUGCACUAGUGUAGGAAACACUUUAUGAUCAUUAAUCACUCCAGACCGGCCCUCUCAGUAUCCUAUUCCAUGCUGGCUGUGAAAGAUUUCUGUCAUUUUAUGUUCGCAUUUUUAGAGUAUUUAAAGGCAGUUUUGAAUAAGGAUAUUUAUUGAGUGAAUCUGGUUGUGUGAAAAUGUAUUUCUCCCACCUUCUCUUCUGUUUUCUAAUCAGCAUUCAGUACCAAAAUGGCUAGCUUCAUGGAGUUUGCAUUGCAGUUUAUUUGAGAUUAACUUUUUUUUUUUUUUUUUUUUGUGUUUGCGAAUGUAUUAACUUGACUCAGUUUUAAAACACACUGUACAGAUAACUUUGAUUAUAUUUUUUUCCUUUCUAUGCCUAUAUUUACUUUUUGUACAUGCUUUGACUUGAAACUUAGAGAGCGGUUCUAAGGGGACCCAGCAUUUGGCGUGCAGAUGUGACUUUGUCUGUGUACUCAUCCACUGCAGAAGGGGAUGCUGUGUCAAUGAGAAAGGCCAGCAGAGAUGGAAGGUGUAAAUACUGUAAGAAACACUAUGAAAAUCUGACUGUACAGUGAUCCUUCACGCCCCCGUAGGAGUGGCAAGGAGACUUAACAUUUGUCAGUAAAUAAUUUCCAUUAAAAUGUGUAAAUUAAAACAAUAAAAAAUUAUGCUUUCA